AUGUACCAUGUCUUCCUGCUGCUCGCGCGCGCCGCGCUGGGCACGCUGCGGCCGCUGGAGCUGCAGCAGACCAAGGAGACGCUCAUCCCGUUCGUGCUGCUGCGCUGCCAGCUGCUGGUGAGCACCAUGGUGCCCGCAGUGCACGGACAGCGAGCAGAGCUGGCCAUGCUCGUGGUGUGGCUUGCGGCGCUGGCCGUGCUGCGCGCGCUGCUGGCGCUGGCACAGGCGAGGUUCCAGCACCUGCUGACGAGGCCCAUGACGCAGCUACGGGACCUGCAGCUGCUGGGGGCUGUGCUGGGAGGCGUUAUCGCCCUAAAUCUUGGGCUGGCGGCCACGUGCUCGCGCCUCGGCCUCUUCUCCGAGAGGAUCGUGCACGUGCCGUGGUUCGAGGCGUCGCUGAUGCUGCUGAAGACGCUGGAGCUGGGCGUUCAAGUGGGCUUCCACAGUCUGGACGUGAGUGGUGCUAGUUACUCCGAGCAGGAAGAGGAGGCCGGCUCCGCGUACUCGGAGAACAGCGAGUUCCACUUGCUUCUGCUUCAGACCGUCUUGAGUGGGUGCUACCUGGUGCAGCUCGUGCUGUACUACCUGUACGUUAUCAGCGUAGACCAGUUCCGCGUGAGUCUCUUCGAUCUUAUCUUGAUCCUCAACGUGAAGAACGCCACGGUGAGACUACUAGAGAAGGUGAAACAUGUCAAGUUGUACCACCAAGUGGUGCUGGACUUGGAUCAUCUCUUCCCUGACGCGACGCCGGACGAGCUGGCGAGUGUGGCUGAUGACGUGUGCGCGAUUUGCUUGAAGUCCAUGUCGACUCAGGCCAAGAAGCUGCGCUGUGGCCACCUUUUCCACCGGCUUUGCCUUCGCCAGUGCUUGCAAAAAGCCUCCGUGAGCGAUGCGCUCGCAGGUUUGGACCCACUGACGCGUAUGGCUAAUGGUUUGGGAAUGGAGGGACCUCUACCUCCUGGGGUGACUGCUACGGCUGAGGGUGGCUCUGCAGGUUCGACAUCUAUGCGCUGUCCGAUUUGUCGAAAGCAAGUCUGCGGUGGAAAGUGUGAAGACAACUCAGCCCAGCCCGAGGAGCACCGACCUCGUCAACCCGAAGCAGAGGUGGAUGAUCGCCAAGGUGUUGCACAGCAACAACAACGUGUGAACGCCAACAACGCGCUCGAUCCAGCGCAGACAGCAGCAGGUGCAGCUGCAGGUGCCAAUGCUGCCGCUCCUGAGGAGGUUCUUCGCUUUAGCAGUACGUUUUUACGCGCACCAUCAUGCACUGACAGUCUAUAG